AAGAAAGAGGGGAAGAGGGAAGGGGACCGCAGUCUGAGAGGAGAUUUGGGGAGCGGGGACGCAAAGCUUCGGGACGCGGCAUUGGCUUAGAGAAAGGAGCUGCCGCCCUUUAAUAUCGGAGGGGAAAAGAGGGAAGAGAGGAGCGGGCGGGGGAGGCAGAGAGUUCCAGCCGAAGUGGAUGGAAGGGGACUGGGUUUAUGCCGCGCUGGGAGCCGCGAGCCGGGGCGAUGGCGCUAAGGACCGCGCGGAGCAGCUGCGCUCCCGGUAACGCAUCUCUUGGCGGAGGACUAGCCGGCGUCGGGAAGGUCUGCGAGACGAGGGACCAACUUGUGGCUCCAAAAUGUACCCGACGCAGCUGGAAAUGAGAUCAGAGCUGCAGUUUCAUUCGAGAAGGAUGAGAGGAGCCAGCGACUAAGGAUUUUUUUUUUUUUAACCUCCUUCGUUCCAUUUUCUAUCCUCUUUCCUUAUUAUUUUUUUCACUUGCCUCACACCCCCGUGGAGCCCCUUGCUUCGCCCUCCUUAUUUGAAAUAAAAGCCCAAUUUGAACUUCUUUCGUCGCGGCGCCCCUGGAUUCGCAGCCCGCUGAUGGAUGAGAAGGGGACCCGGUGGCUGGCAGGGGCCACCGGCGAGGGACCGCGUCACGCGUCUCCCCCGUGAUCCCAGCCCUGACCGUGGAGUUCUGCUACACCUGGAGAAUCUGGACCGGGUGCCGGGGGUGGGGGCGGGGACAGAGGAAGCGCAAGCCACCCUGAGCCUUUAAAAAAAAGAAGACGACGAAGUAGCUGGGGGAAGGAAUGGGUUUCUUCUUGACAGCUGACGGAGCCUUGAAAUUUUCCUCCACUACCUCCGCCCCUACCCCCGCCCCCGCCCCCCGCACUCCAUUUAACGUGAGAUUAUGAAAUUGCAGAGGCGGUGGAGGGAAGGAGACAGGAUAUAACAGAGAGUUUGGAGGGAGAGGGGAAGGUGGCUGGCCGGGUGGCUGAAAUCAAAAAUCCAAUUGCGCACUGGGUUGUGAUGAGAAAUCUAAUCAGAUCUUUGGAGACGGGGCCGGCCGGAAGGGUGGCGAGUGGGGGGAGUUGAGCCCCAAUUUCUUCUUCGAGGUGGGGGCUGGGGAGAGGAAUCGGCGAUGUAAAACGAGACUUUUUUUUUUUUUUUUUUUUGGUGGCGGUGGCGGUUGGGUGCGUUGCAAAAAUGAAGGAUGCGGGACGCAGCUAUCUCUUGGAACCGAACGCAGUGGAUAAACUGAUUGUGCAAGACAGAAGGAAGAAUGAAGCUUUUUCUUGUGAGACCUGGAUCUUAACACACAUGUGUAUAUGUGCACACAGGGAGCAUUGAAAAAUGAAAUAAACCAGUGUCAGACCCGCGGGGGUUGAUGUAUUCUGACAUAAAUAAUUAACCAUAAAAACAGCGACCCCCCCCCUCCCCAAAAGGAUGAUUGGAAAUGGAGAACCGUGGAUUCACAAAGAAAAGUAUGUGCUUUUUUUUUUUUUUUUUUUUUCUAUAAAGGAGAAAGUAAGCCAAGAAAAUAUUUUUGGAAUGAAAAGUUUGGGGCUUUUUUAGGAAAGUAAAGACUUGAUAUGGUGGUGUUUUCUUUUUGAAUUUCCCACAAGAGGAAAGGGAAUUAAUAAUACAUCUGCAAAGAAAUUUCGGAGAAGAAAAGUUGACCGCGGCAGAAUGAGGCAUUGAUUGGGGGAGAAAAGCCAGCAGAGGACAGUUGGAUUUGUGCCUAUGUUGACUAAAAUUGACGGAUAAUUGCAGUUGGAUUUUUCUUCAUCAACCUCCUUUCUCCCCUCUACCCCCCAUUUUUUUUUUCUUUUUGGUGUCAAGAUCAUGCGUUUUUCCGCUUGUUCUUAACCACCUGGAUAUCCAUCCGGAUGUUGCUGUGAUCAGUCUGAAAUACAAUUAUUUGAACUCCAGAAGGACCAACACCAGAUAAAUUAUGAAUGUUGAACAAGAUGACCUUACAUCCACAGCAGAUAAUGAUAGGUCCUAGGUUUAACAGGGCCUUAUUUGACCCCCUGCUUGUGGUGCUGCUGGCUCUUCAACUUCUUGUGGUGGCUGGUCUGGUGCGGGCUCAAACCUGCCCUUCCGUCUGCUCCUGCAGCAACCAGUUCAGCAAGGUGAUUUGUGUUCGGAAAAACCUACGUGAUGUUCCAGAUGGCAUCUCCACCAACACCCGGCUGCUGAACCUCCAUGAGAACCAAAUCCAGAUCAUCAAAGUGAACAGCUUCAAACACCUGAGGCACCUGGAAAUCCUACAGUUGAGUAGGAAUCAUAUCAGAACAAUUGAAAUCGGGGCCUUCAAUGGUCUGGCAAACCUCAACACGCUGGAACUCUUCGACAAUCGUCUUACGACCAUCCCGAAUGGAGCUUUUGUAUAUUUGUCUAAACUGAAGGAGCUCUGGUUGCGAAACAACCCCAUCGAAAGCAUCCCUUCUUAUGCUUUUAACAGAAUCCCUUCUUUGCGCCGGCUAGACUUAGGGGAAUUGAAAAGGCUUUCAUACAUCUCAGAAGGUGCCUUUGAAGGUCUGUCUAACUUGAGGUAUCUGAACCUUGCCAUGUGCAACCUCCGAGAAAUCCCUAACCUCACGCCGCUCAUAAAACUAGAUGAGCUGGAUCUUUCUGGGAAUCAUCUGUCUGCCAUCAGGCCUGGCUCUUUCCAGGGGUUGAUGCACCUUCAGAAACUGUGGAUGAUACAGUCCCAGAUUCAAGUGAUUGAACGGAAUGCCUUUGAUAACCUUCAGUCACUGGUGGAGAUCAACCUGGCACACAACAAUCUGACAUUACUGCCUCAUGACCUCUUCACACCCUUGCAUCAUCUAGAGCGGAUACACUUACAUCACAACCCCUGGAACUGUAACUGUGACAUCCUGUGGCUCAGCUGGUGGAUAAAAGACAUGGCCCCCUCCAAUACAGCUUGCUGUGCCCGGUGUAACACCCCUCCCAAUCUGAAAGGGAGGUACAUUGGGGAGCUUGACCAGAAUUAUUUCACAUGCUAUGCUCCUGUCAUUGUGGAGCCCCCAGCAGACCUCAAUGUCACUGAAGGCAUGGCAGCUGAGCUGAAAUGCCGGGCCUCCACGUCCCUAACUUCCGUAUCUUGGAUUACUCCAAACGGAACAGUCAUGACACAUGGGGCAUAUAAAGUGCGGAUAGCUGUGCUCAGCGAUGGCACGUUAAACUUCACGAAUGUAACCAUGCAAGAUACAGGCAUGUACACAUGUAUGGUGAGUAAUUCUGUGGGAAAUACCACCGCUUCAGCCACCCUGAAUGUUACUGCAGCAACCACUACUCCCUUCUCUUACUUUUCAACUGUCACGGUAGAGACUAUGGAACCUUCUCAGGAUGAGGCACGGACCACAGAUAACAAUGUGGGUCCCACUCCGGUGAUCGACUGGGAGACCACUAACGUGACCACCUCCCUCACGCCACAGAGCACAAGGUCGACAGAAAAGACAUUCACCAUCCCUGUGACUGAUAUAAACAGUGGGAUCCCAGGAAUUGAUGAGGUCAUGAAGACUACCAAAAUCAUCAUUGGCUGUUUCGUGGCCAUCACACUCAUGGCUGCAGUGAUGCUGGUCAUUUUCUACAAGAUGAGGAAGCAGCAUCAUCGGCAAAACCAUCAUGCCCCAACGAGGACUGUUGAAAUUAUUAAUGUGGAUGAUGAGAUUACAGGAGACACGCCCAUGGAAAGCCACCUGCCCAUGCCUGCAAUUGAGCAUGAGCACCUCAAUCACUAUAACUCUUACAAAUCUCCUUUCAACCACACAACAACAGUUAACACAAUAAAUUCAAUACACAGUUCAGUGCAUGAACCGUUAUUGAUCCGGAUGAACUCUAAAGACAAUGUCCAAGAGACUCAAAUCUAAAACACUGACAGUUACGGAAAACAAACAAUCAAAAAAAAAAAAAGACAGUUUAUUAAAAAUGACACAAAUGACUGGGCUAAAUCUACUGUUUCAAAAAAGUGUCUUUACAAAAAAAAAAACAAAAAAGAAAAGAUUUAUUUAUUAAAAAUUCUAUUGUGAUCUAAAGCAGACAAAAUUAUGUGUAUUCCUCAGAACCUGUUUUUGCUGCACUUAUUUACUAUUUCCCACAUUUCGUCCCUGCCUUCCCUAUCGCCAUAUUUUUCACAGGAGAUCUCAAUUCCCUAAAGAACCGGUCUAGGAAAUUUUGUAAGAAUUCUGUUAUACUUUGAGAUUUUUAUGGUGAAUUCUAGUGGUGAGAUCCAGUCUAUUUUGUCCUUCUUUUUUUUUUCCUUCUCUUUCUCUCUUUCUUUUCUUUCCUCCCCCUCAUGCCCUUAUGAAGUAGUCCAAUGGGGAAUGCAAUAUUAGAAAUAGAUUUUUAAGAGAGAACAAGGAAAAAAUGCAAGAUCUUAUAUUUUUCAUGUAAUGAUCUGUUCUGUAUUUAUGAGGAGGACCAUUCAAUGGGAAAGAAAAAAAAAAAAAAGGAAGCAAGCAACAGAUUAAUUUACAUAUGAGCAUCUAUAAAACCCAUGAUCUUUUAAACAAAUCUAGAAUCUGAUUUGUAGUUCAAAAACUAAAAAUAAGAUUAUAAAUAAAAUAUUGUUGGUUUUUCUGUA